GAUUGUUGUAAUUAUUCUAGGUAUCUUCUCAGAGUUCUACAAUCGAAAUUAUAGUUCCAGGAACUGAAGUUCCAAAGUGUUUUAGCUGUUGUAAAGAGGCAACAGUAUUUGCAAAUCCUUUUUCAGAUAAUAAAGGGGAAUACGUUGCUGAAUGUGAAGUUUGUUUUGAAAUUCCUCCAAAUUUAGAAUGGGAGACGUCAAGAUUGGCUCUAUGUGCUGUUUUCGAUCUCAUGACUUAUCAUGGUUGUCAGUUUCGCGCCAAGACUCUCAUAAAUGGAAAACAGGUCAACGAGAUAUGGAUUUGGGAUGAGUAUGCUAUUAAGUUAGAGGAAACUCAUGUGUGGCUCAACUGUAGUCCAUUAUUGGAUCCGAACAAGAACAUGGCGGAAGGACCGACGCGGUCGCAACAGGGUAAUAUGUGUCAAGUUAUAUUUUACUACCAAGGUGCAGGGCCGAUUACAAGGUGUGGGGUCCACCUAUUAGGCCACCAGGUUGGUGAUGUCAGUGAGACUCAGAUCAUGGUAGUUGACGAUGAUAUCCAUUGUCGCUACCAAGAUGAAUUGGUUUCCUUGUCUUUAGGAUCAACGGGUGGUGUUUGGAAGAGGCCUCGUGGAUCAGAUACCAUCGCAGUUGAUAAUCAUGGUCCUAACGUCGUUGUCAUGGAUCAUGAUCAUGAAGAGCAAUACCUUACCUUGUUUUCAGAACCAGCAGAUCAUCCAAAGCGGAGGCAUAUUGAUUUUGAUGAGGAGCAAAAUUCACCUAUUGAUGUGAAUGGAGCUCGUUCAAUCAAGGGCAUUGAUGAUGUUGCGGAAGAAAUGCACUUGAUGAAGGAUUAUUUUGGUCAAAGCAAUAACAGAUUGUGGCUUGAUCCAUUUAAACACAAGAGAAGAUGAACAUAGUCCCUAGUUCUCCUGCCCUACUACAUAUGCAAAAUCAUGUCUUCAUAAAUCAAAUCGGCCUGCAAAUAAUGAAGCUAGGAGGAGACAUAAUGCACCAGGCGAGGUUUACAGUUGGAACUUCUUACACUUGGUCAUUGCCAUAUACCUACAAAUACAAGCAAUAGCGCUGGGUCUUGCUUUUUAGGUCAAGGGUAAUCUACUGGAUCUGAUUGUCUAAUGAGCUUGCCUCCUUUGUUUUGAGAUGCAAUGUUUUAAUGGGUACCUAUACCUAAAUUUUCUGAAGUAUAAUAUCUUGCAUAUUUAUUGUUU